CGAAUCUCGAUUUAAAAUUUUGUUGAAAGGGUUUAUUUUGUGAUUUUUUUGCAGUUAUUAUAAAUUGAAAUAACAUGUAUGAUUAUUAUUAACUUAAAUUAAGUAUGUUUAUUUUCUAUCAAGUAGCAAUCAACUAAAUUAUAUCAAUAAUGUAAUAUAUAACUUAUCAUAAUAUGUGGGGCAUGAUUAACAUAAUACAAUAUUAGUGAUAUGCACAAAAUGGAUACAAAAGAACAUACAAAUCGAGGAUUAACUACUAAAGAUGCUUUACAUAUUUUGUAUAAUGAAAUACUAUCGCUUAGAAAUAACAUUAAGCAACAACAAAAGCUUAAUGGAAAAGAUAAACUAUGGAUUCGUGAUUCACUUCAUCAUUCUAGUCAAUUUACAAGUAUCUGUUGGAUAACUGCUUCAGUGACUUUUAUGUGUUCAUUUUUAUUAAUUCUUGUCAGUUUAUUAUCAGACGAACUGUGGUAUUUGUUUGACGAUGGCUUAUUGUUACUUCUGUUAUUAUUCAUAAACAUCAUAGCUGUUUUAUGGGAUAACAAAUUAAGAUACGAAGAAAUGUUUAUUAAACUUGAUCAUACAAUGAAAAAGCUAAACAGUGUUAAAGAUAAAUGCCAUUGGAAAAAAGAUAAUUAUCCACAUUUGUGUAUGCCUUAUUCUCCAUCAGUUACUUUACAAUGGACUCAGCGUGAUGGAUCGUUGGUGAAUUUACCUUGGGCUUUAUUGGUUAAAGGAGAUAUUGUGCUUUUAAAACCGGGACAGACUUCGCCUUGCCAUGUUACUAGACUUAGUGAAAAAGAUAAGUGGGCACCUGCAGAACUAUCACGUUGGGAAAUUUUUAAUCCAGAUUUGCCUACUUCUUUGCCUAAUAAAACUACAGUUCCAUCCAUCAUAUCUCGUAAACCUUUAAAGAAUGUUCCUUACAUAUUGAAUGAAACUCCUUAUUUACUCAAUUUAAAAAUUGCUUUGGAUUUAGCUCAAAAUCGGCCACCCAGUUUUUACACUAAAUGUUUGUACUUGCUACAAAUAAUAUUUAUACAAAAAUUUGCUGCUGCCUCUUUUUUGGGUUCUUCUAUAAUUAUCGUGUGGUGGCGUUGGUCUUACAUUACACUUUGGCUACAACCGGGUUCUUGGGUAUCAAUGUUUAUUGUAUUACCAAUUUCGAUUAUUAUUCCACUUUUACCGCUGAUGUUACCCAUUGCAUGGAUGUUAAUGACCUGUUACGGAAAUGCAUUGUUGCAGUCGUCUACUAUAGUUCAAAAAAACAAAGAUAUUUUCGAUGAAACUGAAACUGAAGUCAAAAAUAACUCCUUAGAAUUCUCUUUAAAGAGUUUAUGGACUAAUUUUUACUCUGGUGUACUGGGAAAUGCCAAUUUCUUACUUCGUUCUACUAACUUGCUGCAUGUUCUGGGAUCAACAACGGCUUUGUGCUGUGUGGAUAAAAAAGGUAUUCUGUCUUGGCCCAACCCAACAGCUGAAAAAAUAUUUUUUUUACAAAACUCUUCUAAAACCAUUAAUAAACAAACAAGCUUCAUUGAUCCAGCUAAUUGUGAAAGUCAGCGUAAGAGUUAUGACAGUACUAUGCUACAUUCUGAAAACUGUGCAGUUGAAGUUCUUGAUUUAACACACGAUCGUGGUUCAGCAUGGAGACUGCAGUUUGAUGAUGCUAGUUGGUCAACUCAUUUAGCUUCCUUAAAACCUUUAGGUCUUGCAGUUCUUUUGAAUACAUGUAAUCCAUCAACUCAUGCCCAUUAUGCUCAAUUUUGUGCACACGUCUCUUGUCAAGCUUUAUACAGUGAAGUGCUAGUUCCUGUUACUAAUCGGAGAUGCCUAUGUGAAUUGGCUCGACAAAUUGGAUUUUCAGAAUCCGCUGAUAAUAUAUUUGAACUUCAGCUACAACUAUCAACUUACAGACAUGUCCAAGCAGAAGUUGCUCGGAGAGAUAUUAAAUUUGCUAGAUCAUUGCCUGUUACUACUAAAUUAAAGUUCCCAUUCCCUCACAUGGUCUGUGUAGGACUAAGAGAACGUAGUAUUGCUAAAUGUACUACAGGAUUACAACUAUUUAGUCAAGGUACUGCAGACAUAAUAUUAGAUGCUUGCAUAGACUAUUGGGAUGGCCGUGAUCUUAAUCCUAUAUCUCAAUCUGUUCGAAAAAAAGUAUUAGACUUCUAUCAAAGGACAAGUUUAACAGCUUAUUGCACAGCAUUUUCGUACCGUCCACUACCACUACCUCCUGAUAAAAGUUUUUCAGAAACAUACUUGGAAUUGCCUGCCGAUUGUCAUCAGUUAUUCUCAAAACUUAGUCGUAGUCCAACACCACAUCCGUGGACAUCAACAACAAAUUCUAAAAGACGUCCACAAUUUCAUUCGUCUGAUUCAUUGAUAUUCGGCGACUUUGAGUAUAACUCUAAAGAUGUAAAUAGCUGUUUUGAAACGCAAUGCAAUCAGAUAUUUUUAGGAAUGGUGACAAUGCAGUAUCAGCCACAAUAUGAUAUGGUUCAAUUGAUUGAGCUUCUAGAAAAAGCGUGUAUACGUUUUGUCCAUUUUAGUAAAGAAAACGAACUGAGAUCAAGAGUUUUUUCUGAAAAAAUGGGUUUGGAAAGUGGAUGGAAUUGUCAUAUCUCGUUAUUUGGAGAUACUCAAACCAGAACACGUCUGGAUCCUAGUGAGGGUGCAGCUACCUGUGAUGAUGAAACUAGCUUUUUGAUACCACUAACAUCAACCAGUCAGUCUAGGAAAAAAUUAGCUGAACAGGAACACAAUAUAUCGGUUGAAUAUUUUCCUCCUCUGAACAUAAAUUGUAAUGCGUUGAAUACAUCUCGCGCAAUUAGUAUGUCGGCGCCAACAGCUUUAAACAUGGAUUAUGCUCAAGUUACUAUCGAACACGAUGGAGAGAAAAUAACAAAACCAAUGCUUGUUCAAAAGGAUACACUAGUAAAUGACAAUGGUAGUAACUUAGUCGACGCAGAAAAAAAUCAAGAAGAAUGGCAUUCGUUGAGUUGUAUGUCUGAUAGUACAGAUCAAAGCGUUCCAGUUAAUUUUGAUAUGUACAACAGAGCAAAACUUCCUCGAGGAAUUGAAAAUAUUCGGCCUCAUUUAGAGUGUAUUGACAACGUUCCACUUCUAGUUUCACUUUUUACUGAUUGUACUCCAGAAGCCACUAAAGAAAUGAUAUCAAUUAUGCAACAGUACGGGGAAGUAGUAUGCGUGUUAGGAUCAUCUCCUAAUGCUGAAAAUAUUGGUAUAUUUAUGCAAGCUGAUGCAAGUGUGGCUAUUGAACCAAUUUAUCCACAAGUAUGUCAACGAAUUAGCAUCAUGCAUCAACCAAAUCCAAUAGAUGCUCCAAUAUCACCAGUGGGUCUUUCCGAGCUGUUAAAUUCACUUCCUUGUUGUCUAUCACUUAAUCGACAAGACCCAUUACCAGUUUACCAUCUUAUUAUGGAAGCAAGAUGUUUAAUGCAACGAGUUUGGAACUGUGUACAAUUUUGGACUAGUUGCAUGGUUUCACUUAGUUUUCUUCAAUUAAUUGCCAUUGCUCUUGUCUUACCACCUAUUUUGUCUGUUGGUCAAGUUUUAUGGUUGACCUGCAUUAUAAUUCCACUUUUAGCUGUCUCCUUAGUUGGAGGGCCCACAGAUCAUGAAGUAAUGCACAAACCAUCAGGAAAAAAUCAGUGUUCAAUAUCUACAGAACUCUCCUAUUAUGUAAUGUGGUUUUAUGGUUUGAAAUUCUUGCCUGUCGUAAUCGGUAUGAUACUGAUUUUCAUAUGGUCGCUUAAUGAAGCAUGUGAUUUAGUUUUCGUUCCUAAAAAUGUUAACUCAACAGCUGAAGUUCAAAAAUGUUGGUAUGUAUAUCCAGAAGCAAAAUUAACAGAAUGGGGCGGUUGGUCAACAUACGAACCAACUCUUGUUAGUGUGCAAAGACUUAUGUUGAUGUUCCUUGUAAUGCAUUAUAUAAUUGUGUCCUUAAGUUUUGUUCAUCGAGAUUAUUUACUCUGGAAGAAAACCAUUCAUUUAAAUAAACUAUAUGUUUUUACUACUUUAUCCAUAGUCUUUGUCCAAUGUAUGUACACUGUUCAUUAUGAAUAUUUUUAUAAUGAUGGAAAUGAAGUUACUGUGGCCAUGCUUCCAAUACUAACUUUGAUUUUUGCAUUUGUGUCUCUGUUUAUGGUUUUCAUUAUUAACGAGAUGGUUCAUUGGCACGAAAUAAGAGCAAAUGUGCGGUACCAUAAACGAGCCAGAUUAGAUUUCGGUACCAAACUCGGUAUGAAUUCUCCAUUCUAAAAUUAAUGAAUACAAAUUAGUAAUUGGUUCCUUUGUUAGAUUAAAUAAGAUAGUAGAGUUUUAUCACAUAAACACAAAAUGAUUGUCAUACAAAUAAUGUGAUAUUUAGUAAUAAUAUUAGGUAGUAAAGAAGUGUAGACUUAACUCUAAAGUGUGUUUUCUUUGUACAAUUUUACAUGGCUAUUAAGAAGUCAAUGCUUGUCGGCUUGGCUUUUAAACUUAACAUUAAUUUAUUGUCUACCAAAUUAUAAGUUUAAAAUUAAAUGUCGUUAGUCAGUGAUUAUAAUUUAAGAAGUAAUAAAAAAUGAAUUUGUAAAUUUAAAAGUCCUAAUUUGUAAAACAUGUCUAUACAUAAAAAUAGUAAUAUUUUUUUAUUUUACGGUAAAAUAAAAAAUUAUUCAUCAUCAAAUUCUAGCAUUGAAUUGAGCCAAUGACCAGAACUGGUGGAUUGAGAUAUUUCUUUUUCAGCCUCACUAUUUUCUGUUGUACUUUCCACUACUUCAUUGCCUCGUUCGUUGACGUCUGAAUAGAUAAAUUUAUAUUUAGAACAUGUUUAUAUAUUAUUUUAUUUAUAUUAUACAGUACUUGAAUUUGCAAAAUGUU